UGCCUAUGGUACUACGGUAGAUCGUCUCGAGAGAAAGGAGGAGUUGAACAUUAAAAACACUUCCUGCUUCAAUGUGCGUUGCAAGCAAAUGUCUGAUGUCCAGGAAGGUCCCUACUCAAGCGCUCCAGAAUAUUAAGAAUGGCUCUCUUGGACUCCACUCAGUCGGAAAAAGACGAGUCCUUUAUCCUGAGAGCGACUAAGAUCGCUGCGGUUGUGGCUCUUUACUGGUUCAUCUCGAUUUCUAUGGUUUUCCUGAACAACUACCUGUUAGAAAACAAGGAUCUGGACGCGCCUAUCUUCAUCACUUUUUUCCAGUGUAUCGUUAGCGUUGGACUGUGUUGGAUCUUGAACUUUCUCUCUAAAUUAUGUCCUGGAUUCGUGGAUUUCCCGUCUUUAAAAUUUGAUUUUAGAGUGUCCAGAGAGAUUCUGCCGCUGACCAUCGUGUUCAUCGGCAUGAUCACAUUCAACAACUUGUGCCUGAAAUACGUGGGAGUUGCCUUCUACACCGUUGGUCGGUCGCUUUCCACGGUUUUUAACGUUGCUCUGUCAUACGCGGUUCUGAAGCAAACCACGUCAUUCUACGCGGUGCUGUGUUGCGGAGUCAUUCUUGGUGGAUUCUGGCUGGGUGUGGACCAAGAAUCUGUGGCAGGUUCCCUUUCUUGGACGGGUGUUGUUUUCGGCGUCGUUGCCAGUCUUUGUGUAUCUCUCAAUGCCAUCUACACCAAAAAAGUGAUGCCGGUGGUGGAUGGAAACAUCUGGAAGCUCUCCUACUACAACAACCUCAAUGCCAUUGUACUUUUUAUUCCACUUAUUGCCUUUUCUGGCGAACUGAAAAGCGUGUUGGAGUUUAACCGACUGACACAUUUACAUUUUUGGGGCAUGAUGAUUGUGGGUGGAAUCUUUGGCUUUGCCAUUGGUUACGUGACAGGACUUCAGAUCAAGUUCACCAGUCCAUUGACUCACAAUGUGUCCGGCACAGCCAAAUCCUGCGCACAGACCGUGUUGGCGGUGGUCCACUUGGGCUCCAGUAAGAGUAAUCUCUGGUGGACAAGCAAUAUGAUGGUGCUGGUGGGAUCCUUCGCCUACACCUGGGUCAAAGGACUCGAGAUGAAGAAAGUUCAAGUGCCUCCGGAAACAGAGAACACAAGCAGUCUGAAAAGUAAAGAUGAUUCUAUGGUGUGAAAACUGUUUUUGGAGUAACUUUCUUGUAGAGACUGUCUGUUCAGCACAUCUGUAUAUACAUAGGUGUAUUUAUAUGGGCAUUUGAAUGUCUGAUGUUACUUUGUAAGAUACAGGAUAAUUAUUAAAACCUGCUUAACAAAA